GUUAAUCGAAAGGUGAACGCUGAUGAAAGUAGUCGGCGACGCACAUUAAAUCAAUUACUUGCUGAAAUUAAUAGUUAAAUAUAAUGACCGCCCAAUUAGCUCAGGUAACGCAGUGGUUUGAUAACUACAAGGGAACCGUCAACAAAUCGCUGCACGACCCUGCCAAGCCAUGGACAAAACCCUUGGAUCUUUUGGAGCAGCGUACAGGCGUCGAUAGAGUGAAGAUAUUUUUUGGUGCUGCCUCAUUCUGUGCCCUGUAUUUGAUAUUCGGCUAUGGCGCUCAGCUCUUGUGUAACAUUAUUGGUGUGCUGUAUCCAGCGUACGUUUCGAUUCAUGCCAUCGAAUCGAGCACCAAACAGGAUGACACCAAAUGGCUCACUUACUGGGUCACCUUUGGCAUCUUCACCGUCAUCGAGUUCUUCUCGCAUGUGCUGACCCACGUAAUACCAUUUUACUGGCUGUUAAAGUGCGGCUUCCUUAUUUGGUGCAUGCUGCCCAUGGAGAACAAUGGAUCUGUAAUCAUUUAUCAUAAACUAUUGCGUCCAUAUUUCCUUAAACAUCAUGCAUCUGUUGAUAAAAUCAUCGAUGAUGGAAUGAGGAAGGCCGGAAAUGUGCUUAAUAAGAGCGACUAGAGAUGCUUUUUAAACACACUCACUUCAUUGAGCAUUUGAAGCUUCCGUAUAAACAAGGAGAAAUCGUCAAUCAAAUUUAUCUCUUUGGCCACCUUCGUCUAUCACUUUUAAAUUUGUACUUGAUUUGUUGUUAAGGCACAUGCCGCAUGGUUUUGAAAACCCCACACUUUUGAUUCUACACGUCCAUGUGUUUUAGUGAAAUCUCGGCUUGUUACACAUAAAUUGUAAAAAAAACAA